CACAACCACAUCAAGCCACAACUUGUGGUCUCUUUUCUUUUCUGAUCCGAGUCUGAUCCAUCCAUCAUGUUGCCGCUGUGCCUGUUCAGCUUGUCAUUGGUUCUACUUCUUUCUACGCUUGUGAGUGGUUUCAGCAGCCCUAACACGCAGCAACCAACAGUGAUGAACUCUCUCGGUGCCGACGCCUUGAAAGAACUGGUCCAAGAAGCAGCUGUUCAGGAUACCGCUUCCACUUUGGAUGUCACGGGCAUUCUCUGGUUGGAACACAUCAACUUGGUCGUCGGAUCGCGGCCUUUGGCAGAACGCUUCUAUUUGGAUAUCCUUGGAUUUAGCAAAGACAAGUCCAAGAGUUUCCAUGUCAAUUUGGGUCAGCAGCAGUUCCAUUUGGCCGAAACGGGAGAUCCGGCCCAGAAAGUAACGGGCAGUAUUGGAUUGGUGGUCCCAUCCAUUGACACGGUCAAACAGCGACUGCAAGAAGCAUUGGCGGGCGAUGAAUUCAAAGACACGCUGUUGGCCAUGGAUUCCACUACGAAAAGUGAUGACACUACUUUAUCCAUUACGUGUCCAUGGGGCAAUCGCUUGCACUUGUACGAUGCUACUCAAGAGCAGGCAACCCUCCAACCCACCUCCGACUCUCCCCGCAAAAUGGUCAACAUGCACGCCACCGGUGGCAACUAUGCUCCCGAACGAAUGGGUAUUCGUGGUGGUAAUCCAGGCAUUCGUUACAUUGAAAUUGCGUGUCCACCACAAUCCACACCGGCGAUUGCGUCCUUUUAUCGAAACAUGCUGAGUUGCACCGUCACUACAACAACGAUUAGCAGCAACCGUCCUGCCAUUGCGGUUUGUGUGGGACCGGGCGUUCAUUUGGCCUACGUCGAAGACGACAAUCUAUCACAAGAUGCCAUUUCGGCCAUGGAGGGAGUUCAUCUCUGCAUCUACGUGAAUGGUUUCAAGAAUCUCUAUGAUCGAUUAAAGACACGCAACUUGAUAUGGACAAACCCGCGAUUUACACACUUGGAUUCCUGUGAUACCUGGGAAGAAGCCAUGGAAUCUCGUACGCUGCGUUUCAAGGACAUUGUGGACUUGUCAACGGGAGAAAAGCUGUUGGAAGUGGAGCAUGAAACACGACCAAUGCGGCAUGGACAGUAUCUCAAGGUGCCCUUUUAUGAACCCAAAUAG